GUAACUAGUGACGAACGACGUCUACGUAACUUAUGACGUUAUUGUCUUUGCUCACGUGACUCCUCCGAGGGAGCAGCAUGGCGGACAUGUAUACGCAACCUCAAAACAAACUCCUGCAAUUAUACACUUAGCAAACCACGAAAACCGUGCGACAGGCCUAGGCCACGUCCACCUGAAUACACUGCAACAUGGACGAGGUUAAUAAACUUCAGUUCCCGUCCCUUCCUGCGUCAAAGGAUGACCUAUUGGACUGGGCGUAUCCAAUGAGAAGAGAGAUGCAGGAAAUUCUACCAGGCCUGUUUUUAGGUCCCUACUCAGCUGCUAUGAAAAGCAAGCUUUCCGUCCUUGAAAGACAAGGGAUAACGCACAUGGUGUGUGUCCGCCAAGAUAUCGAAGCCAAUUUUAUAAAGCCCAACUUCCCACAUAAAUUUAGAUACCUCGUUUUAGAUAUUGCUGACAAUCCUGUGGAAAACAUAAUUAGAUAUUUCCCUAUGAUUAAAGAAUUUAUUGAUGGCUGUUUAGCCAGUGGAGGAAAGGUACUAGUUCAUGGAAACGCAGGGAUAUCAAGAAGCGCUGCCUUAGUUAUUGCAUACCUUAUGGAGACAUUUGGCAUAAAGUACAGGGAUGCUUUCAGCCACGUUCAGGAGAGGAGAUUCUGCAUCAACCCUAACGUGGGCUUUGUGCAUCAAUUACAGGAAUAUGAAGCGAUCUACUCAGCUAAACUAACAAUCAAGAUGAUGUCACCAAUACAGCUGGGCAGAUCGUUCUCCCUGCAUGCUGGAAUGCCAGGCAGCCUGAAACGAAGCCUGGAGGAAGAUGAGGACUUCGGGGGAAUGCAGGUCACUGCUGCACAGAACGGAUAGGUUUAUUAUGCAGAUAGCCGUGUCUUUGCAUACAGUGCACUUUUUUUUUUUUUUUUUUCUCUACAUUUUUAUUGGGAUUAAAAAUGUAAAUAUUUCAACUUUUCUAACGGGGAAGGGUGGGGGAUUGGGUUCGCUUCCUGACGUCUGAGACCAAAGGGAGGGGGGGUACAGUUUCAUAAGUGAUUAUUUUUUGCUGUAUGCACUGAUGUUUUUUGCAGUUUUAUACUAUUUAAAGCAUUUUGCAUUUUCAGCGGGACAGUAUUGCAAUAAUGCACUUUUGAUACUUGAAUUGUUAUUUCUCGCCAGAAGGUGGCAGUUGGCGUAAUAGAAAGUCAAUGCCCUAUGGAGAGAUGCAGGCCCACAUUUGGGAUUUGGGAAUGUUUGACAGAGAUCAGGCUUAAAAUGUGAUGGUAUUUAAAUGAAAGGGAGAGAGAAAAGCUUGCCAGAGAAGCUUGCUCUGCUCAAUAAACAGACGACUAACA